AUGGCCGCCUCGGGUGUAUUGCUGUCUCCAGCCUAUCUUGGGGGCAUUGCAGUGCUGGCCGUCAUUUUGCUGCUGGCGAAGCUUAGUACAAUAGGCCGCCGCCCGCGUGACCUGCCGCCUGGUCCACCGACGCUGCCGCUCAUUGGUAAUUUGCACCAGAUGCCAACCAAAGAGGCGCAUCUGCAGUUCCAGAAAUGGGCCAAGGAAUACGGCCCCGUCUACUCUCUCAUUCUUGGUACCAAGCCCAUGAUUGUACUGUCCUCCGACGUGGACGUAAAAGAUAUGCUAGACCGCCGUAGUGGUAUCUACUCAGACCGUCCGGAUAUGUUUAUUGCUCAGAAGAUUGCUAGCGGCAAUCUGCGACUGGUUGUGAUGCGUUACGGCGACAACUGGCGCAUGAUUCAUAAGAUUGUGCACAACAUCUUGAAUAUCAAGGCCGCAGUAACUUAUGUGCCAUACCAGGAUCUCGAGAACAAGAUCUUCCUUGAGUCUCUACUUGACUCCCCAGACGACCUUUUGCAUCACAUCCGCCGCUUCACCUACUCCCUCUCGACGCAGAUGAUCUUUGGCUACCGUUGUGUGAACAACCGGGAUCCAAAUUUGUUGCAGCUAUUCACAUGCUUCGAACACUGGGGCAAACUCUCGAACAGCUCGAGCGCGCAAACGGCCGACCUCUUUCCGAUUUUGCAGAGGCUGCCAUCCUGGAUUGCACCCAACGUCAGUUACGCCAAGAAGUUGCACGCGGUUGAGAAAGAAUUGUAUGUAAGCCACUGGAUGCGCUCGAAGAUGGCGCUCGAGAACGGGACAGGCUUGCCUUGUUUCUGCAACGACUUCUACCGCGCCCAGACAGUCGAAAAGUUUUCUGAUGAUGCUGCUGGAUACAUGAGUGGCUCCCUGCUCGAAGCUGGCUCCGAUACAACUGCGUCAACCUUGUACGGGUUUAUCCUGGCGCUGUUGGUGUGGCCCGAGGUGCAAGCGAAGCUUCAUGAGGAAAUUGACCGCGUCGUGGGCCCGGACCGGAUGCCAACGAUAGACGACUGCGAAAGCCUGCCUUACGUGCGUUGCUGUAUCAAGGAGAGCCUACGUUGGAUGCCCACUGUGAUCCUGGGCGUGCCGCAUGCGGUGAUACGAGAGGACUACUACAAGGGUUGGCGUAUCCCGAAGGGGUCGACGGUGAUCAACAAUGUCUGGGCUAUUCACAUGGACCCCGAUCGCUGUCCCAACCCACGGGUCUUUAAUCCCGACCGCUUCAAGGAUGACCACACCACGCUUUACCAGUCUGCUGUUGGUGAUACGACAAAGCGCGACAACUUUGUCUUUGGCACUGGUCGUCGUCUGUGCCAGGGCAUCCACAUUGCCGAGCGGUCACUGUUCCUCGGCAUCUCGCGUCUCGCCUGGUCAUUCACUCUCUCACCCGCCAAGGACAGCUUGGGCCAGCCCUGGAAGUACGACACCGAGACAUUUGUUGGUGGAAUAUCAGUACAGCCACAGGACUACCCGUGCAUCAUCACACCGCGAUCUGCCGAAAAGGCCGAAAUCAUCCGUAAGGCUGCGUCGGAGUGCCGCACCUUGCUGGAUGAUAAGACAGGUCAAUGGAAGAAGAUACCGGAUGGCAUGGCAUUCAGCACUUGGGUGCCGGACCAUGUCGAGCCCAAGACGGAGUACGACUAA